CCUUUCUCAAAAAAUAAUAAUAAAAUAAAUAAAUAAAGUUACUUUUAUGCUAUGUGAAUUUCACCUAGAUUUUUUAAAAAGUUGAACUGCCCUCUUUGCCCUUCUCGGGUCUUAGACUCUUCCUAAUGGAUCCAGGGCAAAAGAAACACCCAGUCAUCAUCUUGAGGGGGAGGGGUAAAUGCCUUGUCCGAAGAAAGGUGUCUUGUCCCACUGUGGUUUAGCGGCUGUGCACGCCUACGCGAGAGUUGGUUCCCACCGGGUCAGCAUGCAGAGUCUGAGCCAGGUCCUGAGGAUAGCUAACGACCUGGAGAAAGAGAGUGGAAAAUGCAAAACAACGAAAUUAUUAAACCUGCCAAAUAUUUCUCAGAGUUGGAAAAAAGCAUCUUGCUGGCUUUAGUAGAAAAGUACAAAUAUGUCCUGGAGUGCAAGAAGAGCGAUGCACGAACUAUUGCCCUCAAGCAGCGAACCUGGCAAGCACUGGCCCAUGAGUACAACUCUCAGCCUAGUGUGUCGCUGCGGGAUUUCAAACAGCUGAAGAAGUGCUGGGAGAACAUCAAGGCUCGGACCAAAAAAAUAAUGGCCCAUGAGAGGAGGGAGAAGGUGAAGAGGAGCGGGAGUCCGCUGCUGAGUACCCACGUCCUGGGGAAGGAGAAGAUCAGCAGCAUGCUGCCUGAACAGCUCUACUUCCUGCAGAAUCCUCCUGAGGAGGAGCCCGAAUACCACCCUGACGCUGCUGCCCAAGAAUCCUUUGCUGUUUCAAAUAGAGAACUGUGUGAUGAUGAGAAAGAGUUCAUCCAUUUCCCGGUAUGUGAGGGGACCUCGCAACCUGAACCUUCAUGUUCAGCUGUCAGAAUAACAGCCAAUAAAAACUACAGGAGCAAAACUCCUCAGGAAGGUGCUUUAAAAAAGAUGCAUGAGGAAGAGCAUCACCAACAGAUGUCCAUCUUACAGCUGCAGCUAAUUCAAAUGAAUGAGGUGCAUGUGGCCAAAAUCCAGCAGAUAGAGCGUGAGUGUGAGAUGGCAGAGGAGGAACACAGGAUAAAAAUGGAAGUUCUCAAUAAAAAGAAGAUGUAUUGGGAAAGAAAACUACAGACUUUUACCAAGGAAUGGCCUGUUUCUUCAUUUAACAGGCCCUUUCCCAAUUCACCCUAAGACUUGGCUAUUGCUCCCGUGUAAUUAAUCUGUGUUGGCAAAGAAAGUCUGGAACAUGAACUUUGCAGUCAGUAACCUGUAACAGAGCUACAACUAGGAAACUUAGCGUGGUAGUAGUCACUUAUUUAAGAAUACAUUCAGGUAAACAGCUGCACCCUGUGUACCCCUUAAGGCAAAGAAGCUGUUAUAGUCUUCUGGAAAUUAUCACUGAGUGCUAUAAUUCUGAAUGUAAUGUCUCUUAAUUAGAAUUCAUACAAGAACCACGUGUGAGUGUUGUAUUUUUUUUUAACUAAAUGUGUGAUGGUAAAGGUGUAUGGCUGGUGGUUUUUAUUUUUUUAAUUUUUAGUAUUUUUUUUCUCAGCGGACAGGAGAGCUUUUCUAUCCGGAUUAAAUCCCUCCCGUUGAAAGUGACUGCCCUGUGUGACCACACGCUCCACUUUUUCAGUGUCAUCCUCUGAGUGUGGACUUCUGUUUUUAAAAAGCCCAGCAUUUGCAGGGCAUUUCCUCAUAUGGCUCAUAAACUGCCUUUUAAGAUUUCUCUCCAAAGAGGCAUUCCCAGUAAUGUCUCCAACAACGGUCUUUCAUUGGAACUAAGGAUGUAACAACUUGAAGGUUUUAAUGUUCAUUUAGGUACCUACAUCCUGUU